GAGGGCAAGACAGAGGGAGAUCUAAGUGAUAAUAAACAAGCCUGCAGAAGUAGGGAUCGGCACUUGAGUUUUGCAGAGGGGGAAGCUGAGCUGGCUCAGAUUCCAGAAGUCAUCGGACCUACGUCACAGAGCGCUGAGGCAGGGCUGGGAGGCCAGUCAUCCUGGGCCCGCCCUGGGCCGCCCUGCCUGCUCACCUUCCUGGUGCCUCCCGCUCCAAGACCUGCUGCCUCAGCCACGCUGCUGCCCCCCGAGCCCCAGCCCCAGCACCCAAGAACCUGGGGCCUGCCCUCCCCGCUCCAGGCCAUGAUGACUCUGCAAUUAAUCAUGUUUGCUCUGGUGACAGGGCACGUCGGGGGAGAGACCAGAAUCAUCAAGGGCUACGAGUGCCCCCCUCAUUCUCAGCCCUGGCAGGCCGCUCUGUUCCAGAAGACGAGGCUGCUCUGCGGGGCCACGCUCAUCGCCCCCAGAUGGCUCCUGACAGCAGCCCACUGCCGCAAGCCCCGAUACGUGGUUCGCCUGGGAGCGCACAGCCUCCAGCGGCAGGAAGGCUGUGAGCAGACCCGAACUGCCACCGAGUCCUUCCCCCACCCAGACUUCAACAACACUCCCAACAGAGACCACCGCAACGACAUCAUGCUGGUGAAGAUGAGGACCCCGGCCCACCUCACCUGGGCCUUGCGACCCCUCACCGUGUCACCAUGCUGUGUCCCCGCUGGGGCCAACUGCCUCAUUUCCGGCUGGGGCACCAUGUCCAGCCCCCAGUUGCACCUGCCCCGUACCUUGCGGUGUGCCAACGUCACCAUCAUCAAGCACGGGGAGUGUGAGGACGCCUACCCUGGCAACAUCACAGACACCAUGGUGUGUGCCAGUGUCCGCAAAGAGGGCAAAGACUCCUGCCAGGGUGACUCUGGGGGCCCUCUGGUCUGUAACGGGUCUCUUCAAGGCAUCAUCUCCUGGGGCCAGGAUCCAUGUGCUGUCUCCAAAAAGCCUGGUGUUUACACAAAGGUCUGCAAAUAUGUGGACUGGAUCCAGAAGACCAUGGAGAACAAUUAGCUAGGACCGGCUGACCACAGCCCAAUCCCCUAAUCCCUACUUGGGGCUGUGGUUUCCUGUUCAUUCUGUUAAUAAGGAAGCCUGAGCCAGGACCCCCUUCAUGUACUUUGGUGGGGGUGGGGGGCGCAGAAUGACCACAAGAGAUGCUGUUAACUUGGUAAUCAAUGUGAGGUUUGGAUUGGGAGACUUGGGUUCUAUUCCUGCAUCAUUCUAACUUGUGACUCUGGAAGUGAAAAUAGCUGUCUGGUUCACUGUUGUACCUCCAGCUGCAAACGCAACUCCUGGCACACACUAAGGUUUCAAUAAAUAUUUACUAAACGAA